AUGUAUGCACCAAUCAACGGCGCUGAGCGCAUGGAAUGUUUUUCUAAGCUUGAACAUUUUAUUAGUAAUUUAAACAACGACCCUGUCAUAAUGGGAGCAGAUUUUAACUGCACUACUGAACCUGAAAUAGAUCGAAAUAAAGGUAGAGAACUUGACAUGCGCACUGCUAGGCUGCUCAAAUCUGUCAUACAUCGCCUCAAACUGUGCGAUGCAUGGCGUCAGCACCAUGGUAACACGUUGAAUUUUACUUGGGGUUGUGGUGGUACGCUGGAGCGUUUAGAUAGAAUUUACAUCAGCAAGUGCUUGCGCGGUAAAAUUAAAAAUAUCAAUACCAGUAAUGGUGCGCUAGCGUGUUCUGAUCAUUCUCUGGUCAGCAUCAUCAUCACUAUAGACGGUGGUAAACAUAAGAGUCCUGUGUGGUGUAUGAACUACGGGAUUUUGGGAGAUGAUGAAUACGAAAUCAUAGCUAUCUCUUUACCACUCUCUGUGCCUUUGGUUUUGGUGACCGCUUCAUUUCAUACGUUCGCCUCAUUUAUGUACACGCCCAGUCUCUGA